AUGGAUAACAACUCUGAUAGUGAGAUGCCUGAAAACAUAACCAAUACUGAUGACACUCAUAAAGACAGUGAUGUAUACAAUGAACUUCUUGAAGUCAUUAGUCAGUUUGAUAAUUCGCCGCUUGGGGAAACUGGUCCUAUUGGCAAUGCAGAAUCUGAUAAUUCCCAGACUGGACAAUCUGGUCCCAUUGGCAAUGCUGUGUGUGAUGAGUCCCCAGUUGUGCAACCUGGCUUCAUUGACAAUGCAGAGUGUGAUAAGUCACCAAUUGGGCAGCCCAGUCCCAGUACCUUCGCUGAACCUGAAGCUAUAGGAUACCUUCACAACAUAUCACCAAUAAAAAAGGGAAAGUACUUUGAAUUCCAACUGCAAGAAAAGACCAAAACAGUACGUGGAGUUUGUUUUUCACCACCCAAGCGGAAGCGGUUUACUGAACUUGGCGAGAAAGACUCUCCAGUCAAAAUAAAGAAGUAUCGUGUCGACUCUACUUCAAAUUCAGAGGAUUUGCUGAUGGGAUACGAUGUCAUGAUUGAUGCAUAUAACGAUGUGGACUUUCAAAAGCAACAGCUACCAUCCACUAUGAAUGUGUCCAAUGCAAAGUUGGUAUGUCCCGGUCAGAUUAUAACCAUUACGGCUAAAGUUGCUCAUGUGCAUCCUUCAAAACGAGUGGGUGUAAAAAACUUACUUAUGCAGAAUGUAGUUAUUGUUGACCCAUCUGGGACAAUCCUGUUAACCCUUUGGGAAAAUUAUGUGCAUCAAGUGAAGCAAGGCAACACAUACACCUUUACCAACAUACGUGUACGAAAGGAUAAAGUUACCAGUGAAAUUGUUGUCAACACAGUUGAGUCUGAUACUAAAAUAGAAUCUGGACCACCAUUUCAAGAAGCACUGCCGAUCAUAGUCCUUGACAGUGAAACUGUUGAUGUAGAAAUCAUUGGUAUUGAGAAAGUUCAAUCAUAUCUUGCCUGUAGGAAAUGCACCAAAAAAAUUCAACAUACAGAUAAUCGAAGAUUUAUUGAAUGUUCACACUGUCAUUUCAAGCAAAAGGAAGCAGCAGCAGCCAAGCACUGGUUUGCUCAGGUCUUAGUCGAAAACAAGAGUUCAACUGAAACCAACAGAUUUAGUGUCACCCUCUUUGAAAGUUCCAUAAAGCAGAUUGUUCAAGCCAAUAGUGAAAUUCCAGAAGACAACAAGUUCACCAAAGAAUUGAUUGAAGAUCUUCUGUUUGACACAUCUGUUAUUUCGAUCACUUACAAUAAACGGACUCAUAUUGUUGAGAACGUUAUUUCAGCACAGUCAGUGCUCUAG